CUUUAAGAAGAGGGGGUGUGUCAUCGCUGAGUCUGUCCCUUUAUUUGAAUAUACAGUAGGAGUUUGACAAGGCUGUUACGGAUGUUUUUCAGCUUCUUCGCAGCGUCUUUAACGCACAUAACUGCUACUAACCGCCGCUGCUGCUGCCUCUCAUCAAGACUGCGUUUGAUCCAGACUUGGGUCUAAAGCCUGGGUGAUACCAGUCACCUCGAAGGCCGUUUUCACCGCUGUAUGCUCUGCCUUCCCUCCGCCGUGUUACUCUCUGCCUGUCUUCCAGUCACUCUCACACGCUGAGGGACACACUGCAGCGCUCACCACCGAGAAAAACAUGGACUUGCACAUACUGGACCACAAGCUUCGGGUCACCAGCAUAUCUAAGAACGGCCUGGUGAAUUUCACGCAUCCCCUGAUCAAGCUGAUAUUCCUGCGGAACCGGACACGAUGCAAGUUCUUCAGUCUGACAGAGACACCGGAGAACUACACGGUAGUCCUUGAUGAGGAAGGAUUUAAAGAGCUAGAGCCCUCAGAGCAUCUCAAGGUAGAAGGCUCCAUCUGGCUACCUCUCAACGUGGUCUCCAACGGUAACGCUUCCAGCAGCUCACAGGCCGUAGGCGUGACCAAGAUCGCCAAGUCAGUCAUAGCCCCUCUGGCUCAGCAGCAUGUUUCAGUCUUUAUGCUCUCCACGUAUCAGACUGACUUCAUACUGGUGAAAGAGAAAGACCUGUCUGUGGUCAUCCGCACUCUGGAGGAGGAGUUCAACAUCUACAGAGAGUUUGAAGGAGAGUCCGUGCCGGUGCACUGCCAAGAUGUUUCUGUCUGCCUUCACAAAAAUGGCAAAGAAGCCCUCCAACCCACCGUUCACCCGGUGCUGAUCCCUCAGAACCAGUUCUGUGUCAUGUCACUGGACCCAGAAACACUGCCGUCCAUUGCCACCACACUCAUCGACGUGCUCUUCUACUCCAGCAGUCCUAAAGAGGACACCUCUUCAUCUUCAGCGGACCAGGACAUAAACUGUAUCAAGUUUUUCUCCUUUUCCCUCAUUGAUGGCUACGUCUCCCUGGUGAUGGACACUAAGGCUCAGAGACAGUUUCCCGCGGACCUCCUCUUCACCAGCUCUUCUGGAGAACUGUGGAGGAUGGUGCGAAUCGGGGGGCAGCCUCUGGGCUUCGAUGAGUGUGGUAUAGUUGCUCAGAUAUCUCAGCCUCUGGCUGACAGUGACAUCUCUGCCUAUUACAUCAGCACUUUCAGCUUCGACCACGCUCUGGUCCCUGAAGAGGACAUAGUAAGUGUGAGAGACAUGCUACACCAUCAGAGAAAAGAACCAGCCGCAAGCUGAGCCCUGGAAUGGAGGAGUGCGUACCCUAACACGCACACACACACACUCUCUCUCUCUCUCUUUCUCUCUUUCUCUCUCUCUCCUUCCCUCCCUCCCUAACUCCCUUUUCCUCUUUCUCUCUCUCCUCUCCCUCUCUCUCUCUCUCCAUCUCCACUUGAACAGGGGUGGCAGAGCAGAAGGACUCGGGGCUUUAACUCUGUGCCUCUAACAUAAGCACUGCAUUACCAGCAGUAUUAACCUCUGUGAACUCACCAUCGCCAGAAGCACCUCACCACGGUGGGAUGCUCUUCGUCAACACAAACCAAUACGUCUGCCCAAGCACAGCAGAAUCCAGCAUCACUACCGACCACGUAGACCUAUGCAUGUUCUAACCCUCGAGCACAAAGUCAGAUGUAGAGAACGUUCAACGAGAAUCUAUGCUACGGACAGCUAAGUGUUCCAUUAAUAACUGUAGUAAUAAUAAUGGUAGCAAUUUCUUUUUUUUUUGAGGGACGUGCGCGGCAACCGUUAACUUGUGUCCACGUUGAAACUUAUUUUUUUUUAAUUACCAUUUUUGCUUUUGUCAUUUGUUGUAUUAUAUUAAAACAGGUCAGUAUUGAUUUUUCUUUCUCUUUUUUUUUUAUAGGUCAACAUUUCUUUAUCUUAGCUUUAACCCGAGGUCAAUAAUACUACUCUAUGUCUUGUGUUCUCAGUAAUUUGCACAGUUGAUGCCAGUGUCACGCCAUAAUUUUACCUGGGUACAACUACAUUUUGUACAUUUUGGAAAAAAAAAAGUAUUCUGUACACAUUUGCAAUUUUUUGUGCUUUGAUGUUCAAUAAAUAACGUUGAAAGUA